CCACACAACCACUUUCUCCCUCAUCAUCGCUCGCUCAAUCGAGGUCUUCUCGAUUUCCUUCUCUACAACACAACACAACACAACACAACACAACGCUCUCUUCUCUUCUCUUGCAACCAAAUUACAACUUGUUCCACUCUCUACUACUCUAUAAGGAUUUGAUUUGGGACAUGUGCAGUGAUUCAAAAAGUAAACUACUUUCUUCCCCAACCCUCGUCAUGGAGGAUGGUCUCUACAACAACUCGGUUUUGCUUGAAUUGUCUGCAUCUGAUGAUUUUGAAGCUUUCAAAAGAGAGGUGGAUGAAAAGGGCUUAGAUGUGAACGAGGCAGGCUUAUGGUAUGGUAGAAGAAUUGGGUCAAAGAAGAUGGGAUCUGAAACCAGGACCCCUCUCAUGAUUGCUUCUUUGUUUGGAAGCGCUAAGGUGCUCAAUUGUAUUCUUCUUGAGAAGAAAGGAGGAGGUGUUGAUGUGAACAGGGUCUGUGGUUCUGAUAGGGCCACAGCUCUACAUUGUGCGGUUGCCGGGGGCUCUGAAUCCUCACUUGAGAUUGUCAAGCUCUUGCUUGAUGCUGGGGCUGAUGCCGAGUGCCUUGAUGCCAGUGGCAACAAGCCGGUCAAUCUGAUUGCUCCUGCCUUUGAUUCUUUGUCAAAAUCGCGAAGGAAGGCCAUGGAGAUGUUCCUCAGGGGUGGUGGGGAAAGAGACGAUGAACUCAUGAGCCAGGAGAUUCAAGAGAGAAAAGAAGCAAUUAGUGAUAAUAAGAAAGAAUACCCUGUUGAUAUAUCACUGCCAGACAUAAACAACGGUGUAUAUGGAACAGAUGAUUUUAGGAUGUACAACUUCAAGGUGAAGCCUUGCUCAAGGGCUUACUCCCAUGACUGGACCGAGUGUCCAUUCGUUCACCCAGGGGAGAACGCUAGGAGGAGAGACCCACGGAAAUACCCUUACAGCUGUGUUCCUUGCCCAGAGUUCCGCAAAGGGACCUGCCAGAAGGGUGAUUCCUGUGAGUAUGCUCAUGGUGUUUUUGAGUCCUGGCUGCAUCCUGCCCAAUACCGGACAAGGCUUUGCAAGGAUGAGACUGGCUGCGCUAGAAAAGUCUGCUUCUUUGCCCACAAACCUGAAGAGCUACGCCCUGUCUAUGCUUCCACUGGCUCGGCUAUGCCAUCACCAAAAUCAUAUUCAGCUAGUGGACUUGACAUGACUGCCAUGAGUCCAUUGGCUCUAAGUUCCACAUCUUUGCCUAUGCCCACCGUUUCAACCCCACCCAUGUCUCCCUUGACAGCUUCAUCUCCCAAGAGUGGAAGCUUGUGGCAGAACAAAAUUAACCUUACUCCUCCAUCGUUGCAGCUUCCUGGUAGCCGACUGAAGGCUGCUCUGAGUGCCAGGGAUCUGGAGAUGGAGAUGGAACUGCUCGGUCUAGAAAGCCCUGCCCGCCACCACCACCACCAACAACAACAACAACAACAACUGAUUGAAGAGAUUGCUAGGAUCUCUUCCCCUUCUUUCCGGAGCAAGGAAUUCAAUAGGAUUGGUGAUUUGAAUCCUACUAACCUUGAUGACCUGUUAUUAGCAUCUGCCGACCCUUCUGUAUUAUCUCAACUACAAAGUGGGCUUCAGAUGCGGCAAAGCAUGAACAACCACCUCCGUGCGAGUUAUCCAUCCAACGUCCCUUCCUCUCCUGUGAGGAAGCCCUCAUCUUUUGGGUUUGACUCAUCAGCUGCUGUGGCAACUGCAAUGAUGAAUUCCAGGUCCGCCGCGUUUGCAAAGCGAAGCCAAAGUUUCAUCGAUCGUGGAGCUGCUGCAACCCACCACCAUCUUGGGGGGAUGUCUUCCCCUUCCAACCCUUCCUGCAGGGUGUCCUCUACCCUUUCAGGUUGGAGUUCCCCUACCGGGAAACUGGAUUGGGGCGUAAAUGGAGAUGAGCUGAACAAGCUGAGGAAAUCUGCUUCCUUUGGUUUCAGAAACAGUGGGGUAACUGCAUCAUCAUCAUCAUCCCCCAUAGCACAGCCAGAAUUUGGCACCGAGCAGGAUGUCUCGUGGGUUCAUUCAUUGGUUAAAGAUGUUCCCUCCGAGAGGUCUGAGAAGCAACAAUAUGAUCAUCUCAGCAAAGAGAUGCUUCUUUCACCAUGGGUAGAAGCAACAAUAUGAUCUUCUUCAGUAAAGAGAUGCUGCUUUCACCAUGGGUGGAGCAGCUGUAUAUAGAGCAGAAGCAAAUGGUAGCAUGAGCAGCAAGGGCUGCUGCCAUGACAAUGCUUCUUGGUUAUUCUGACAUAGUUUGUUUAUUUAUUUAUUUAAUUAUUUUAUUCAUUUUGAACUGCUUCUACUAUCCACAACAUUACACAAUAUUAUAGUUAGGGAUAGGAUGAGAUAUGAUAUUGCAAAGAACAAAGUUCAGGUUAAUCCAGAGAUUUGAACGGAGAGUUCCAACUUCUAGGUCAGGGAAGACUUGGAGAAACGUUGAACGAAGAAGGAUGCUGAAUUUUAUUUUAUUUUAUUGUAUAAUAGUAUAAUUUAUUCCCCCCUUUUCUCUACGGGUGGAUGGAUGUAUUUUCUCUAGCAAGUGGACCUCAAAGUAUUUGCCAUUGAUUAAGCAGCACAAUUCUUUUUUAUAUAAAAAUUAUUAUGCCAUUUUAUCAAUGCUUAUCCUUUUUUA